AUGGCGUCGGAGAUCGAGGUGCUCGAGGACACCACCGCCGCGGCGGCGGCGACGCCCGCGGAGGUGCCGGUGGCCGCGGCGGUGGCGGAGGAGGAGGCGCUCAAGGACGACGCGGAGGGCCGCCCCGUCGGCGGGACCGACGCCUCCGGCUACUACGCGCUCCAGUGGGCCGUCCUCAACAACCGCGUCGCCGCCGCGCAGUACAUCCUCGAGCAUGGUGGAGAUGUAAAUGCUGUGGAUCACACCGGGCAGACAGCACUUCACUGGAGUUCUGUACGUGGUCACAUACAAGUUGCUGAACUACUUCUGAAAGAGGGAGCUAAGGUGGAUGCUGCUGAUUUAUAUGGCUAUCAGGCCACACAUGUUGCAGCGCAGUAUGGUCAGACAGCAUUUAUUUAUCACAUUGUUGCAAAAUGGAAUGCCGAUCCAGAUGUCCCUGACAACGAUGGAAGAAGCCCAUUGCACUGGGCUGCUUACAAGGGGUUCGCAGAUUCGAUACGUCUUCUUUUGUAUUUGGAUGCUCAUAGGGUGCGGCAGGAUAAGGAAGGUUGUACUCCUUUACAUUGGGCUGCUAUCCGGGGUAAUCUAGAAGCAUGCACUGUGCUAGUUCAGGCUGGGAAAAAGGAUGACUUGAUGGUGAAAGACAAAACUGGUUUAACUCCAGCACAGCUUGCUGCUGAUAAGAAUCAUCGACAAGUUGCAUUUUUUCUUGACAAUGCUAGAAGGGUACAUGACAGUGGAUGUAACAGGAAUCCGACAUUUGCAAAGCUAUCAAAAGUAGGGCUUGCUCCUCUUCUUUGGUGUAUCGCUGUUGUAUUGCUUGCUACAUAUAUACAUUCUGUUAUAGCAGGACAAUAUAACAUGGGUAUGCCACCAGCAUUUGGGCUAUUUGCAUGGUCUGGAGUUUUCGUUGCAACUGCUGGCUUGGUCAUGUUCUAUAAAUGUAGCAGGAAAGACCCUGGCUACAUCAGUGCGAAUACAAGAGAUUCACAUAAUCAAAGGGACGAUGAACCCUUGUUGAAGAUGGAGUUAGACAAUCCUGCACUUCUGACUGGUAACUGGUCACAGCUUUGUAUAACCUGCAAAAUUGUCAGACCUGUUCGUUCGAAACAUUGUUCUACAUGUGAUCGCUGUGUUGAGCAGUUUGACCAUCACUGCCCCUGGGUAUCUAAUUGCGUCGGCAAGAGUCUUCUGUGGCUUUUCCUUGCAACAUGGACUGGAAAUGUUCUGUAUGAUUCAUUACUUUUUUUGUUGGCAGGGACUGUAAGUGACCCAGCUUCUCCAGCAUCCUUUGGCGAUUGGCUUGGCUAUUCUGUUGUUUACCAUACUGGAGCUGUUUCUUUUUUCAUGAUGGACCUUUUCAUUUUCUUUGGUGUUGCAUGUCUAACAGGAGUUCAAGCGUACCAGAUAGCAAGGAACAUCACGACCAACGAGAUGGCCAAUUCCAUGAGAUACACUUAUCUAAGAGGCCCAGCUGGCAGAUUCAGAAAUCCGUUCGACCAUGGGGUGCGCAAGAACUGCUCAGACUUCUUGGUAAACGGGUACAAUGAAGACGUUGAGCGGCUCGAGCAUGCAUCACGCACUGACGAAGAAAUAGGAAUGAUACAGAUGACAAGUGCAGUCUCACAGAAUGGCGAGGGCCAUUCCCAUCAUGGUAAUUGCGAUGACCAUGCUUGUGCUGAUUCACAUGCCAACUCAAACUCUCACAGUCAAGGUGGUUCCUCUCAGUGUUGUGACCACAGCAAGAAGAAUGAGAGGACACCGUUCGGCCUAGGGCUGGGCCUUGGACGCAACAGUGCUUCCCGGCAGUAUAUCCGGAAUCUUCUUCCACUAUGA